ACACCAACAUUUCCAACCAUCCACAGUUCCUGCAAUGCUACAGAAAGAAGAAAAUUAGAGUACAUGUUCAAGGAAUCAUUGGAAGUUGUUGCCAAAGGCAGAAAUCAUAUUCUUAAUGAAGGUAACAAUUACGAAGUAUUCAAGAGAUGGUUUGGUGAAGAUGGUGAUAUGUUUGUUGUCUUGGGUAUUUUCGAUUAUGUUUUGCAAGGUAAUAAGGAUGGAAUUUUAUUCAGAUGUGAUGAUGCUGAUGGAAGUUGCGCAAAGAACCCAACCUGGGGUGGUCACCACAGAACUGAUCCAAAGUACGAAAAUGAAACUGUUAUUUGUGAAAACUUUUACAGAUCUAGAAAAACUUUACUCGACAUCUGUGGUUCAAAUACUAUUUCUGAAGAUGGUCCAGCUAAUUACGCAUCCGUUGAUUUAGUCCACAGAUACUUCCAUGUUCCAAGUAUGUCUAGAGGUAUUGUCAUUGAAGAAGAUUAUGAUGAUUUGGAAGAAUUUGCUCAAAACAAUGGUACUUACGCUUCCAGAAACGUUGACAACUUAUUGCACUACUUGGCUGAUUCUUAUGGCCACGAUAUUCAAGAAGGUGGUUGU